AUGAGCCUUCUGUCUUCAAUAACAUAUUCUCCUAAAUUAGAACGUAAGACAUCGGAGGGCAUAAUACCAACAGACAGUGACAAUGAGAAGGGAGAAAGAAACAGCAAACGGGUCUGUUUUAAUGUAGCAGGAGAUGAACAGGAAGAUUCUGGUCAUGAUACCAUCAGCAACAGAGACUCUUACAGUGACUGCAACAGCAAUAGGAAUUCCAUCGCCUCCUUCACCAGCAUCUGCAGCAGCCAGUGCAGCUCGUAUUUCCACAGUGAUGAAAUGGACUCAGGUGAUGAACUUCCCCUAAGUGUUCGCAUUUCUCAUGAUAAACAGGACAAGAUACAUAGUUGCCUUGAGCAUCUUUUCAGCCAGGUACAAUCGGGCAUUUGUGGGGCUUUUGUUCCACAACUAAACUGUCAGGAGUCCCUUUUUCAGAUGCAGUACAAGGAGCUCGGAGUGGAUUCAAUUACCAAUCUCCUAAAAGGGCAGGCUGUUGUGAGGGCCUUUGACCAAACCAAGUAUCUCACUCCAGGCCGAGGAUUGCAAGAAUUUCAACAGGAAAUGGAACCAAAGCUGAGUUGUCCAAAAAGGCUACGGCUUCAUAUCAAGCAAGACCCCUGGAAUCUUCCCAGCAGCGUCCGGACUCUUGCUCAGAACAUCAGGAAAUUUGUUGAAGAUAGUGAGACACAGCUCCGUAGAGACAUGGUGUUCUGCCAGACUCUUGUGGCCACUGUCUGUGCCUUCUCUGAGCAGCUCAUGGCGGCCUUGAACCAGAUGUUUGACAACAGCAAGGAAAAUGAGAUGGAAACUUGGGAAGCCAGCAGGAGGUGGCUGGACCAGAUAGCGAAUGCAGGUGUUCUUUUUCACUUUCAGUCACUUCUGUCACCAAACUUGACAGAUGAACAAGCCAUGUUAGAAGAUACACUGGUUGCACUAUUUGAUUUGGAAAAGGUUUCCUUUUACUUUAAACCAUCAGAAGAGGAACCCCUGGUUGCAAAUGUUCCUCUUACAUAUCAAGCAGAAGGAAGUCGGCAAGCUCUGAAAGUUUACUUCUACGUUGAUAGUUAUCAUUUUGAACAACUUCCUCAACGGUUGAAAAAUGGAGGAGGGUUUAAAAUUCAUCCUGUUCUUUUUGCGCAAGCACUGGAGAGCAUGGAAGGAUAUUAUUACAGAGACAAUGUUUCCGUGGAAGAAUUUCAAGCUCAGAUAAAUGCAGCCUCACUGGAAAAGGUCAAACAGUACAACCAGAAGCUCAGGGCAUUCUACUUGGACAAGUCAAAUUCACCACCAAACUCCACAUCCAAAGCUGCCUAUGUAGAUAAGCUAAUGAGGCCUCUCAAUGCUUUGGAUGAACUUUACCGACUGGUAGCCUCGUUUAUCAGAUCCAAGCGCACAGCUGCCUGUGCAAACACAGCGUGCAGUGCCUCUGGGGUUGGACUGCUGUCAGUUUCCUCGGAGCUGUGCACCAGGCUAGGCGCCUGCCACAUCCUCAUGUGCAGCAGCGGUGUGCAUCGGUGCACCCUGAGCGUGACGCUGGAGCAAGCCAUCAUUUUGGCCAGAAGCCACGGAUUGCCACCUCGCUACAUCAUGCAGGCUACAGAUGUGAUGCGGAAGCAGAUUUUGGGUGUAUACUUUUCAUAGAGUUGUUAUUUUAACUCACUGCUUGAGUUUGAAGGAAAGAUAAAAGACAGAAGAGAAGGGUACUAUGUCUUUCACGAUGUUUUGCUAAUGAUUAUAACAACCUUAGGCAUCACUUUAUGUAACCAGGUGAUUUGAUUAAUAAAAGGCUUGCA